UCGCCGGAACCUAUCUACGGAGUUUGUGGAAACCUACAGACCUCCGCGAGCAGAGAAAGGCCCGGAGAUGAUCGAUUCCGAGGACAUAGUUCAAAUAUGGAGUCCCUUCCUCGAUUAUCUAGUGAAAUUGGAGUUGGAGCUCAAGUGUUCCAUCUGUACUAACUUGCUUAAGGUGCCGAAAGUGUUGCCCUGCGAUCAUGUGUUUUGCAGUGGUUGUAUAAGUUCUUUGAUCGACAAGGGUUCUGUUUGUCCUUCCUGUGACCUGCCUUUUCUUCCUAAAGAUAUAAGGCUUGCUUUACAUGUGGAAAGGCUUGUGAGCAUUUUUCAAGAGAUGGAUGAUGCUAUCGGCACCAUUGUUCAAAGGAAAGCAUCUCCUCCUGGUUCCCCUGGUGUAAGGAUAUCUGCCAAAAAAAACCCAGUCUCAGUCAACAAUCAUAUCGAAGCUAAGUCAAUAGGAGUACAACAUAUGCCUCAAGAGAAAUCGGGCCAUCUCCAUUCGCAUGGUUCUCCAUUGACUGGUGAGGGUAGUAAUAAAACUAGACAUGAUGGAGAAAAUCAGGAAAUAAUUUUAGUUGGAAGCAUGAAUUCGGAGCAAAAGUCUGGUAUAGUUGUUCCUUUGGACAAAGGGUCGCCUAAUUGCCCUUCAACAUUUAGCGAGAAUGGGGAUUCUAAUUUGGACAUUCAUGAUACAUAUUCUGAACAUACUACCAAGAAGUCACCAACAAAGACUAUCAAAGCUGAUUCUUAUGCAUCACAUGAAGUUAGGAGGCCUCAACUCUCACCUUCCUCUGUUACUGGGCAUCCUAUAACAAAAGACGAUGGUAAGACAGCUGUAGGCUCUUCUCAAACGAGAGCUGGUGUUCAAAAACAAAAGACUUCCAAGAGGCAGAAGCUAAACAAUAAACGUGUCAAAAACCAUACCAUUCAGCAUGUUCGUACACCUAGCAUUGUGUUUGGUGAUGAAUGUGCAUUUUGCCAUUCCUUCAGGACCACUGAGGCGUCUGGGCCAAUGUGUUGCUACAAAGAUGGCAGACUCGUAGCUAUGGAGGAAGCAGGCCAAUCUCAUGUGACACAUGCACAUCAAAAGUGCAUUGAAUGGGCUCCACAGAUAUAUUUUUCUGGUGAUACUGUAAAGAAUUUGGAGGUGGAACUUAGACGUGCCUCAAAGAUAAAGUGCAGCAAAUGCGGGCUGAAAGGUGCUGCUCUUGGUUGUUACUUUGGGAGCUGUCCUAAAAGCUUUCAUGUGCCCUGUGCGGUUGAGAUCUUUGAUUGUCGAUGGGAUUGCGUAAAUUUCCAUGUGUUGUGCCCUAAUCAUUCUUCAGAAAAAUUGCCAUGUGAUGAUGAUGGGCGACUUGAAAAAUCUUCUGGAACUACACAUUUUCCAUCAGUUCAGAUAGAAUGUCGAAAAUCUUCGGGGAAUCUAACAGAACAUCAAAGUAGCGAACAUCACGCAGCUGCUGUUGGUGUUAAAAAUGAUAGAAUAUUUAUUGGAUCUGCUCUCAUGGAUUCAGAAAAGGAGCUACUGGUCAAGUUUGCUAGCUUGGUUGGUGGAACAGUGACCGAAAUGUGGAGACCAGAUGUGACCCAUGUCAUUGCUUCAACCAAUGAGAGUAGUGCAUACGGUAGAACGCACAAUGUCCUAAUGGCUAUUUUGACGGGGAAAUGGGUUCUCACUACAAAGUGGGUUAAGGUUUGCAUGGAGGCUGGGCAUUUUGUUUGGGAAGAACCCUAUGAAGUCCGCUUUGAUAUGCAUGGUUUUACAGAUGGGCCGCCCAUGAGAGGAAGGCUUGGAGCAAUGGAGAAGGCACAAAAGUUGUUCGCAGGUCUAAGUUUUCGUCUAAGUGAGCACUUCACUCUCUCAUGCAGACAGUCCCUAAAAGAACUUGUUGUCACUGCUGGUGGAGUUGUAUUAGAGGAUGAUAUCUUAAUUCCACAGGACCCUUUUGCCAUAGGAUUUCCAGCUCUCUGUUUUAUUUACAAUGAAGAACCUCCACAAGAAUAUGAUCCAAGAGGUCUUGCAAAGGUUAAAGAUGAGAGAUGUGAAGAGGCUAUUGACUUUUUUAAGAAGACUGGUGCUCGAGUUAGAGGCCACACCAGGGUUUUGGAUGCUAUUGCUGCUUUGGAUAUCCGAUAUUUGCUUAUGGAAAGUGCACCUAAGUUGGAUCCUGAUAACACCUAACUGCAACAUGUAUGGGGAGAAGAAAGCAGAACAGGAGAGCACCAGAGGUGAUCAGUAGCAGGAAGAGC